AUGCCAUACGAUCAUACCUCUCCGUACUCCCACCGCGGACACGAGAGCCAGAUGCACUCGUACAACCACACGGGCUAUGAUACCAGUGGUGGCUCACUCUAUGGACCGCUCUCCGGAGACCUAAACCAUCAGCCCUACAGUACCCCUGACACAUCACCGCCGACGCCCUCCCGUGCGUCUGAUGUGCUAACAACCCGAAGCGGACUCAACAUUCACAAAGGGCCUUCUAUCAGCAAGUCUCUGGCAACCCGCACUGGCCGCGUUGAGAAAUCAACCCCUAGGAAGAAAAAGGAGCGUGCCAAAUCGUCCAAGAAGGUUGACGGGCUCCAAAAGCCACUGAGCGAGCUGGCGAGAGAGCAGCCUCAAGUGCCCGUGGCUGACAUCGAGGCCUACGUCCAGCGAUCGGCGGAGACACGAUUGAAAGAGGUAGAAGAGAGCAAGACGCCCGGUAGGAUCAAACGGCCCAUGAACGCAUUCAUGCUGUAUCGCAAGGCGUACCAGAACUUGGCCAAGAGUCUCUGCACGCAAAAUAACCACCAAGUCGUAUCUCAGGUCUGCGGCAGCGGCUGGCCCUUGGAGCCUGAACACGUCCGCGAUCAAUUCAACGAGUGGGCUAAGAUGGAGCGAGCUAAUCAUCAGAAAGCCCAUCCGGGCUACAAGUUCACACCGUCAAAACCGAGGCCCAAGGCAAGGGACGGAGAGGGAGAUUCCGAGGAGGGUGAUUUGGAAGAUCUCGAAUGGGGUGCCAGCCGAGCAAGCUCGAGAAGCAGACAGAUCAAGAAGCCGGGAAACGGUCGCAACGAUGCGCCGGCAUCAAUCUUUCACAACUAUCCCCCGCUUUCAGGCAGCCCGAUGGGUCUUGGAGUGCAGACUCAGUCCAUGUAUCACUACAGCAACCCCGGCAAGCCUCUGCCAGCACCGUACAGCCAGACGGGCCUUGGUGGGCAGUACUACCAGCAGAGCGUUCAUCAACGACAAGACGCCACCGGUUUUGUCGAGGACGUUCUUAUCAGAAAGACGCCAUCUCCGGCAAUGGGCUACUCCGCCCCACCCAUGGAUGGCCGCUUCGACGGUAUGAGCCAGUACGGACCCAUGUCCCACCACGACGGCCUUGAGCCCAUGAUCGAUCCGGGUUUGAUGGGCCAUGGAGGUCAUCCAUAUGGUGAUCCGUAUGGGGAUCCCAUGCUGGAGCCUAGAUGGACGAAUCCGCUUGGCUUCGGCGACGGCAGACAGGACCUGCUCGACGGUCUGUCAGGCUAUGAUGAGAAUCUCAUGCAUGAUCCGCAGCUUCAGAUCCUGCGGGGGCAAGAGAGCAGCUGGAGGGUGGAGGAGCUUGAAGGAAGCCACUUCAACAACUGGAUAGACCAGCCAGAGUGA